CUGCAUUACCGGCAUUACUAAUUUGGGUGUUUCAGGAAACAUAACCAAACCAACUACAAAUUUCGGUUUCUGUUCUAAUUUAAAAAAUGCCGGCCUACCAUUCAGUUUUCUUGGACCAUCAGCAGUCCGUCGGUAACACAGCAAUCCUCCCCUUUAAAACGCAAUUCCGGGGUCCUGCGCCCCUUUUCACGGGUCAGUCCGCCGAUCAAGACAUCAUAGACGAAGCCCUCUACUACUUCAAAGCCAACGUGUUCUUCCGUACUUACGAGAUAAAGUCAGAAGCCGACCGCUUGCUAAUCUACAUUACUCUCUAUAUCACCGAGUGUCUCAAAAAGCUCCAGCGGUGCUCCAAUAGGAACCUCGGCCAGAAUGAGAUGUACACCCUAGCGAUUUCGCGGUUUGACAUUCCGGGGGACCCAGGGUUCCCCUUGAACUCGGUGUACAGUCGCGCGAAGUCGCCGACUGACGCCGAGUUCAUGAGGGCGUAUUUGACGCAGUUGAGGCAGGAAGUGGGGCUGCGGGUGGUGGAUAAGGUGUUUGGGGAGGACGGGAAGCCGAGUAAGUGGUGGCUGUGUUUCGCUAAGAAGAAGUUUAUGGAUAAGUCGUUGUCGGGCCCGGGGCAGUGAGCAGUAUUUUAUUAAUUGAGCUUUAUUUUUAAAUGGAGACUUGUAUUAUGGGUGCAUUUUUUUGUAAAUAAAUAUCAUGCGUCUGA